AUGUCGCUCACCAACUGCCGCUUCUACGAGGAGAAAUACCCCGAAAUCGACUCGUUUGUCAUGGUCAACGUAAAGCAAAUCGCAGAAAUGGGCGCAUACGUCAAGCUCCUCGAAUACGACAACAUCGACGGCAUGAUCCUGCUUUCCGAACUUUCACGAAGGCGUAUUCGAUCCAUCCAGAAGCUCAUCCGAGUCGGCCGCAAUGAAGUCGUGGUGGUGCUCCGUGUCGACAAAGAAAAGGGUUACAUCGAUUUGUCCAAGCGACGAGUCUCGCCUGAGGAUAUCGUCAAGUGCGAGGAGCGAUACAACAAGAGCAAGAUGGUCCACAGCAUCAUGAGACACGUCGCAGAGAAGACCAACACACCCAUUGAGGAGCUGUACCAGGACAUUGGCUGGCCGCUGAACAAGAAGUACGGACACGCAGUGGACGCGUUCAAGCUCAGCAUCACCAACCCAGAUGUGUGGAAUGAGGUCACCUUCAAGAGCGAUGUGAUCAAGGAUGAGCUGCAGAGCUACAUCGGCAAGCGUCUCACACCACAGCCAACAAAGGUCCGAGCCGACGUGGAAGUCACCUGCUUCGGGUACGAAGGUAUCGACGCUGUCAAGACUGCGCUGCGAAAGGCCGAGGAGAAGAACACACCUGACACACAAGUCAAGGUCAAGCUGGUGUCCCCACCACUUUAUGUCCUGACCAGCCAGACGAUCGACAAGAACAACGGCAUCGAGGUUCUGACAGAAGCGAUCAAGGAGAUUGAUGUCAGCAUUCGCGCCGCAGGUGGAAGCUGUACGAUCAAGAUGGCGCCCAAGGCAGUCACAGAGAACGACGAUGCAGAGUUGCAGGCACUCAUGGACAAGAAGGAGCGUGAGAACAUGGAAGUGUCUGGCGACGAGGAUGAGAGCGAGAGUGACGAAGGUGUGGUUCAUGCCAACGACUAG